AUGGACAUUGAGGCAGAGAUUACGAAGCAGGAGUUCUCAGAGCCGCUACAUGCAGCAGUGGAUGUAGUUGAUAGGAUAGUCCAAGCAGGAGCAGAAAUGCUGUAUGAUAAGUAUCUACAAUCUAUCCUACCAAGUCAUGAGCUUGGCAUAAUCAAUGGAUCACUCAGACAUCUUCUUAGAAGCAACUUCUUUGCGAGAGAUAAUGGGGAAGAAUGGUAUGACAAUGAGGACCAAGAGGCUCAACCUCCAACCGUCUGAAAAUGGGCGAAUGGUGAGAUCCCAGUAGAGACGAAAGUUGUAUUCAAAGUUGAAGAAGAGCCUGAAACUGAGAGUUUAAAAUAAAACUGCUACCAGGAGUAUAACAAGUUAUUUGAGGAAGAAAUUCAAGUCUAGUUCUUCAGUAAAGAAGAGCUUCAAGGAAUUUAAGCCCAAAGCAAAAGCAAUUAAGAAAAGUGAUCAAAUGAACCCAAAGCUUCAGGAAGCAAGGGAUAAAGAAAAGGAGAUUCAAGUAAUUAACCCUUCCUUUCCUCAUCUUGACAUGGACGGGGAAAUCGAGAGGCUCAGAAAGAAAGUAGAGAAGGAUUCAAAGAGGAAAUAAGUUAGAGCUAGAGCUCAUAAGGAGAAAGAAAAAGCAAAAUAUGGCUGAAAGGGGUAGAGAGAAUGUUAAUUUAUCAAGAAAAAUAUUUACAACUGAUGAUAAAGGUCAGCCUAUUUUUAUUAAAGGGGUUAAUAAGACGAAUUUACCAUGUAAUGAAGCGAAUACCUCAACAAAGGUUAACCUGGAAGGAGCUUCUAUAGAAGUUGGCAAGAUUGAUCAUUUGAAACAUUUGUAUUCUGUUCCAGCUGGGCAUCAUCUGCCACCACCAAAAUUUGAGAACCCUAAUCAAUUAGAGGAAGAAGGGGAUGCAAACGUGCAAGAAAUUACUGCAUUGCAGCCGCCUCCCUCUCAGGUGCUCACUCUACAAUCAGGAGUUGUUCUCAACGAGAAUGGAAAUAUUAUGAAUGGACCUCAGGUUGAUAAAAAAGGUAGGAUGACUAAAGAAAUGUACUUCACAAAUCUUAGUAAUCAAUCAAUACAAAGGAAGAGAUUUCAUGAAGAAAGGCUUAAAGAAAAGGCUAAAUUAGACCCGAAUUUUAGGACUAGCCAGAAUUCAAGCGCUGGAAAGAUAAAUCUCAAGUAUAAAACAGCUGGAAAAUUUUCCAAAAAGAGAGGUUAUAAGAAGAUGUUGAAGAGGAGAAUCAAUAACUUAUCGAGUGCUUCUAAUCUUGGGUCUGCUCAUAAGGACCAAGUGUUGAUAAACCGACCUGAUAUGGGAUGGAAAGAUGAAAUAAUUAUUCAGGAUAGCAGUAACCCUAGAGACUUCAACUCCAAGUUCUCUGCUAAUAUGAACGAGUCCUUUAUGACAAUAUAUGGAGAUAAAUAUACUGCUCAGAUCAGUAACCGUUCUAUCUCACAGAAGUCGUUCAAGGGAGAUUUUGGAGAGCGGCCAGGAACUGUUGGUAUUGGGUACCAGCCUCCUCAUAGUAGAUCUAAUGCAGAAGCAAAGUUACUGAGAAUGCAGAGAUUGAGAAAUCGUAACUAUAGUGUCCAGAUGUCAUGCACCAAUACAUCUUAUGACAAAGUUAGGAACUACAAGUCGAAGGAAUUCAAUGAUUCUAAUCCUGUUUAUGGAAAAAUAGAUGCCUUUAACAGAUCUGUGCUGAAGAAAGCACAUGAUGUUGGCUCUAGCGGUCAAGGAUCUAGCAAAAUAGCUGUUAGGCCAAAAUCUAAGGACUUUACUAGUAGAACUAACAAUAGUUUCUACCCUUCGAUCAAUAAGGGCCCUAAAGACAGAGUCAAUGGACUGAAGAAUCUCAUGUUGUUUAGAAAUACUGCUACUAAUAAAUUUCAACUUUAG